AUGAAAAAUCUGGUUCGAUGGCUGUUCUCCACAAACCACAAGGAUAUAGGGACUCUCUAUUUCAUUUUCGGUGCCAUUGCUGGAGUGAUGGGCACAUGCUUCUCAGUAUUAAUUCGUAUGGAAUUAGCACGACCCGGCGAUCAAAUUCUUGGUGGGAAUCAUCAACUUUAUAAUGUUUUAAUAACAGCUCAUGCUUUUUUAAUGAUCUUUUUUAUGGUUAUGCCGGCGAUGAUAGGUGGAUUUGGUAAUUGGUUUGUUCCGAUUCUGAUAGGUGCACCUGACAUGGCAUUUCCACGAUUAAAUAAUAUUUCAUUCUGGUUGUUGCCACCAAGUCUCUUGCUCCUAUUAAGCUCAGCCUUAGUAGAAGUAGGUAGCGGCACUGGGUGGACGGUCUAUCCGCCCUUAAGUGGUAUUACCAGUCAUUCUGGAGGAGCAGUUGAUUUAGCAAUUUUUAGUCUUCAUCUAUCUGGUGUUUCAUCCAUUUUAGGUUCUAUCAAUUUUAUAACAACUAUCUUCAACAUGCGUGGACCUGGAAUGACUAUGCAUAGAUUACCCCUAUUUGUGUGGUCCGUUCUAGUGACAGCAUUCCUACUUUUAUUAUCACUCCCGGUACUGGCAGGGGCAAUUACCAUGUUAUUAACCGAUCGAAACUUUAAUACAACCUUUUUUGAUCCCGCUGGAGGGGGAGACCCAAUUUUAUACCAGCAUCUCUUUUGGUUCUUCGGUCAUCCAGAGGUGUAUAUUCUCAUUCUGCCUGGAUUCGGUAUCAUAAGUCAUAUCGUUUCGACUUUUUCGGGAAAACCGGUCUUCGGGUAUCUAGGCAUGGUUUAUGCCAUGAUCAGUAUUGGUGUCUUAGGAUUUCUUGUUUGGGCUCAUCAUAUGUUUACUGUGGGCUUAGACGUAGAUACCCGUGCCUACUUCACCGCAGCUACCAUGAUCAUAGCUGUCCCCACUGGAAUCAAAAUCUUUAGUUGGAUCGCUACCAUGUGGGGGGGUUCGAUACAAUACAAAACACCCAUGUUAUUUGCUGUAGGAUUUAUCUUUUUGUUCACCAUAGGAGGACUCACUGGAAUAGUCCUGGCAAAUUCAGGGCUAGACAUUGCUCUACAUGAUACUUAUUAUGUGGUUGCACAUUUCCAUUAUGUACUUUCUAUGGGAGCCGUUUUUGCUUUAUUUGCAGGAUUUUACUAUUGGGUGGGUAAAAUCUUUGGUCGGACAUACCCUGAAACUUUAGGUCAAAUCCAUUUUUGGAUCACUUUUUUCGGGGUUAAUUUGACCUUCUUUCCUAUGCAUUUCUUAGGGCUUUCAGGUAUGCCACGUCGUAUUCCAGAUUAUCCAGAUGCUUACGCUGGAUGGAAUGCCCUUUCCAGUUUUGGCUCUUAUAUAUCCGUAGUUGGGAUUUGUUGUUUCUUCGUGGUCGUAACAAUCACUUUAAGCAGUGGAAAUAACAAAAGAUGUGCUCCAAGUCCUUGGGCUCUUGAACUUAAUUCAACUACACUGGAAUGGAUGGUACAAAGUCCUCCUGCUUUUCAUACUUUUGGAGAACUUCCAGCUAUCAAGGAGACGAAAAGCUAUGUGAAGUAA